UUCUACUAUUGCAUGUCACCCAAUCUCUACCAUUCGUUCCAAACUCGCUUGAUUGCCGCUCGUUCCUUGGGUUCGCAACCACAGCAUACAAUUCGUUGCUCCGCUCAUCAACACAGACCAUGGUCAAAAAUACCCAAUCCCGCUCAUCUCAAGCCACCAUGUCGACUCCCGUGAAAUCCAAGCAAGACCUGCUCAACCUCCUCGCCAAAGACAAAGACGCCCACCUCGCCUUUCUCUCCUCUCUCAUCCGCAUCCCCACUCCGAAUCCCCCAGGAGACACGCGCGAUGCCAUAGCCUUUGUCGAGCAACACCUGCAAAAGCACGGCAUCUCCAGCGAAAUCAUCGCGCCCAAACCCGACGCUCCCAACCUCGUCAGCACAUUCCAUGCAGAAGGCCCCUCCGAGCACCCACGGAACCUGGUCUUCAACGGACACAUCGACAUCUUCCCCGUUAACGCGGACGAGAAGUGGCAGCGUGAUCCAUAUUCAGGCGACGUCGAUGGCGACUUCGUGCAUGGUCGGGGAGCGGUGGAUAUGAAAGCCGGCACGGCGGCGGAUAUUAUUGCGUUCAGCUACUUGCAUCGUUUUCGCUCGCAGCUGUCAGGGCGAUGCACGUUAGAGGUGGUGAGUGACGAGGAGACGGGCGGGCGGUAUGGGACGCGGUACCUACUCGAGCGGGAUGGGCGGAAGGAGACGUGGAAAGGCGAUUGUGUGUUGAACGCCGAGCCGGGGGGCGUGGAAAGUAUUCGGUUCGGGGAGAGGGGAUCGCUGCGGAUGACGUUUGAAGUCAGAUGCGAGGGCGCGCAUGGAGCGUUUAUGCACCUGAGCGAAGGGGCGAUACGAAUUGCCUCGCGGUUGAUUGCGCGCCUGGCAGAACUGGAGAACUUACCUCCCGAAGGCAUGGAUCCGGAGCUUCGGAAAUACCUGCAACGCGAGGACGUCAGGAACACGGCCGAUGGUAUUAUGGGUCCCGGAGCGGCGGCGUACAUGCUGAAGCCCAGCGUGAACAUCGGCACCAUCCGCGGGGGCGUGAAGGUGAACAUGAUCCCGUCGUAUUGCGUGUUUGAAGCGGACAUUCGGCUCCCAAUCGGCCUGGUCAAGGAGACUGUGCUGGCGCGCAUCGAUGAAGUGCUGCGGUCUUCGUUCCCUGAGGCUUCGUAUACCGUUCAAGAAGCAGCGACCAAUCCGCCGGCGGCGAGUUCGGUGGAGCAUGAGAUGGUGGAGUUGUUGCAGAGGAACGCGAAGCUGGUGCGUGGGGAGGCGCCGGUGUCGAUCUGUUCGCUGGGGGGCACGGAUUGCAAGCAUUUCCGGUACAAUGGCGUUCCGGCGUAUUGCUAUGGUCCGUCGCCCACGACGAUGGCGGCGGUGGAUGAGCGGGUGAAAGCGCAGGAGUUCCUGGACAUCAUUAAGAUCCAUACUCUUGCUGCGUGGGAGUAUUUGGGUGGACCGAUCUAGGAAGACUGGCAUCGGAGACCUUGACUUGUCUAUGUACAUCCAUGUGUGGGAGUGCGUAGACAAGGCUGUGAGGCAAUGCAGUGGGUCCAGCGAGACCCUGACUCUGCCGAUGUCGGACUUCACAUGAUAUGUGCAAGCAAUAUAAAUUCCCCAAUGCGAGACAUCACCCCAUCCCAUUCA